AUUCACCAGCAAAGAAAUUAGCAAGAAACUCAUCGAUGGCGAGGCCAUGCCCACUGCUUGCCUUCUGUGGCCUUUUCCUCUUCUUCUUCUUCUUGCCUUGUCUAUCUUGUCCUGAACACCAAAAGCAAGCUCUUCUCCAGUUUAAGUCCUCCAUCCUUGCUAUUACUUCUUCAUUCAACAGUUCCAACUCUCUGUUGCAGUCAUGGAAUUCAAAUUCAAGUUGUUGUCGAUGGGAUAGUGUUGAAUGCAGUCAUACUCCAAAUUCAACUUCAAGAACUGUGAUAGGUCUCAAACUAAUAGAGCUUUUCACCAAGCCCCCGGUGUCGUCCACUAUCUUGGCACCCAUUUUUCACAUCAGAAGCUUGGAGUGGCUUGACAUCGAAGAGAACAACAUACAAGGUGAAAUCCCCGCAGUUGGGUUUGCUAAUCUCAGCAAUUUGGUUAGCCUAGAUUUGUCGACGAAUAACUUCAGUGGAUCCGUUCCUCCUCAGCUCUUUCACUUACCACUUCUUCAGUGUCUUUCUUUGGAUGGCAAUUCUCUUAGUGGAAAAGUCCCUGAAGAAAUUGGAAACCUCUCCAGGUUGCGGGAGUUAUAUCUCUCAGGGAAUAACUUCAGUGGAUCUAUUCCUCCUCAGUUCUUUCACUUACCACUUCUUCAGUAUCUCUUUUUGGAUGGUAAUUCUCUUAGUGGAGAAGUCCCUGAAGAAAUUGGAAACCUCUCAAGGUUGCAGUGGUUAUCCCUCUCAGGGAAUAACUUCAGUGGAUCUAUUCCUCCUCAGCUCUUUCAGUUACCACUUCUUCAGGAUCUCUCUUUGCAUUAUAAUUCUCUUAGUGGAAAAGUCCCUAAAGAAAUUGGAAACCUUUCCAAGUUGCAGCGGUUAUCUCUCUCAGGGAAUAACUUCAGUGGAUCUAUUCCUCCUCAGCUCUUUCAGUUACCACUUCUUCAGGAUCUCUCUUUGGAUUAUAAUUCUCUUAGUGGAAAAGUCCCUGAAGAAAUUAGAAACCUCUCCAAGUUGCAGGUGUUAUCUCUCUCAGGGAAUAACUUCAGUGGAUCUAUUCCUCCUCAGCUCUUUCAGUUACCACUUCUUCAGGAUCUCUCUUUGGAUUAUAAUUCUCUUAGUGGAAAAGUCCCUAAAGAAAUUGGAAACCUUUCCAAGUUGCAGCGGUUAUCUCUCUCAGGGAAUAACUUCAGUGGAUCUAUUCCUCCUCAGCUCUUUCAGUUACCACUUCUUCAGGAUCUCUCUUUGGAUUAUAAUUCUCUUAGUGGAAAAGUCCCUAAAGAAAUUGGAAACCUCUCCAAGUUGCAGCAGUUAUCUCUCUCAGGGAAUAACUUCAUUGGAUCCAUUCCUUCUCAGCUCUUUCACUUACCACUUCUUCAGGAUCUCUCUUUGGAUGAUAGUUCUCUUAGUGGAAAAGUCCCUGAAGAAAUUGGAAACCUCUCCAGGUUGCAGCUGUUGUCCCUCUCAAGUAACAGAUUCUCAGAUGGCGUGCUUCUUUCAGUUUUGUCUUUGAAGGGGUUAGAAUUAUUGGACUUGAGUGACAAUGAUUUAUCCACGGAAAUACCCACUGAGAUUGGGAAUUUACCCAACAUCUCCACUUUGGCGUUGAGUAACAACCGGUUGACGGGUGGAAUCCCCUCGUCCAUGCAAAAACUAAGCAAGUUGGAACAACUUUUCUUGCAUAACAAUUUGCUAACCGGAGAAAUUCCAUCUUGGUUAUUUGAUUUCAAGGGCCUCGAGAGUUUGUAUCUUGGAGGAAACCGUCUAAUUUGGAAUGACAGUGUGAAGAUAGCACCAAAUUCCAGGCUAGGUCUACUGUCUCUGAAAUCUUGUGGUCUUGUUGGAGAGAUUCCAAAGUGGAUUUCUACCCAAACGAAUCUUUUUUUUCUGGAUUUGAGUAAGAACAAUCUCCAAGGUGCAUUUCCACAAUGGUUUCUUGAGAUGCCACUUGAAUUUUUGUUUCUAUCAAGUAAUGAAUUUACAGGUUCUCUUCCACCUGGUCUUUUUUCUGGACCUUCUUUACACGUGCUUGCUCUCUCAAGGAACAAUUUCUCCGGGGAGUUGCCCAAAAACAUCGAAGACGCAACCUCCCUAGAUAUUCUUACCUUGAGUGAGAACAACUUUUCUGGGCCAAUUCCUCAAUCCCUCAUCAAAGUUCCCUACCUAAAAUUUUUGGAUCUAUCCAGAAAUAGAUUUUUUGGCCCAUUCCCAAUUUUCUACCCCGAAUCACAACUAUCUUAUAUCGAUUUCUCUUCUAAUGAUUUCUCGGGAGAGGUUCCAACAACCUUUCCUAAACAAACAAUAUAUCUUGCAUUGGGCGGAAAUAAGUUUUCAGGGGGCUUGCCUUUGAACUUGACCAACUUGAGCAACCUUGAACGCCUCGAACUUCAGGACAACAAUCUUCACUACUAC